GCGGAGCCGAGCGCUGGCGGUGGCCAGAGGCGGCGGAGGGCGGCCGGGCACAGCGGGAGCGGGAGCGGAGCCGCCGGCGCGAUGGCCGUGGCCGUGGGGAGACCGUCCAAUGAAGAGCUACGAAACUUGUCCCUCUCUGGCCACGUUGGAUUUGACAGUCUUCCCGACCAGCUGGUCAACAAGUCCACUUCUCAAGGCUUCUGCUUCAACAUCCUGUGUGUCGGUGAAACAGGCAUCGGCAAAUCCACGUUGAUGGACACUCUAUUUAACACCAAAUUUGAAAGUGACCCAGCGACUCACAAUGAACCAGGCGUCCGGUUAAAAGCCAGAAGUUAUGAGCUUCAGGAGAGCAAUGUGCGCCUGAAGUUAACCAUCGUUGACACUGUGGGAUUUGGAGACCAGAUAAAUAAAGAUGACAGCUACAGGCCCAUCGUGGACUACAUCGACGCGCAGUUCGAGGCCUACCUGCAGGAGGAGCUCAAGAUCCGCCGCUCGCUCUUCGACUACCACGACACGCGGAUCCACGUGUGCCUGUACUUCAUCACGCCCACGGGCCACUCGCUCAAGUCCCUGGACCUGGUCACCAUGAAGAAGCUGGACAGCAAGGUGAACAUCAUUCCAAUCAUCGCAAAAGCUGACACCAUCGCCAAGAACGAGCUGCACAGAUUCAAGAGCAAGAUCAUGAGCGAGCUCGUCAGCAACGGGGUGCAGAUCUACCAGUUCCCCACGGACGAAGAGACCGUGGCGGAGAUCAACGCGACAAUGAGCGUGCACCUCCCGUUCGCGGUGGUCGGCAGCACGGAGGAGGUGAAGGUCGGCAACAAGAUGGCCAAGGCCAGGCAGUACCCGUGGGGCGUGGUGCAGGUGGAGAACGAGAGCCACUGCGACUUCGUGAAGCUGCGCGAGAUGCUGGUGCGCGUCAACAUGGAGGACCUGCGCGAGCAGACGCACGCGCGCCACUACGAGCUGUACCGGCGCUGCAAGCUGGAGGAGAUGGGCUUCCAGGACCGCGACCCCGACAGCAAGCCCUUCAGUCUUCAGGAGACAUACGAAGCAAAGAGGAAUGAAUUCCUAGGAGAACUGCAGAAGAAAGAAGAAGAAAUGAGACAAAUGUUCGUCAUGAGAGUGAAGGAGAAAGAAGCCGAACUUAAAGAGGCAGAGAAAGAACUGCACGAGAAGUUUGACCUCCUGAAGCGGACACACCAGGAAGAGAAGAAGAAGGUAGAAGACAAGAAGAAGGAGCUUGAGGAGGAGGUGAACAACUUCCAGAAGAAGAAAGCAGCAGCCCAGCUACUACAGUCCCAGGCCCAGCAGUCUGGCACCCAGCAAACCAAGAAAGACAAGGAUAAGAAAAAUGCAAGCUUCACAUAAAGCCUGGCAAGCCAAGGAUGUUCCCGCAUUCACCUGCUUUUGCAGUAAUGUCGUAUCUCUGCCAUUUGUGUCCUUUAGUUGUUUUUUUGUUUGUAUUUUUUUUUACCCUUCCCCAAACACCAAUAACUAAUAACUCAUUUUGCUGAAUAUUGUUGGGUGGCGGGGAAAUGGUAGAACGAGGGGUAACGGCAAAAGCUCUGUGCAGCUGGACUCUGUUUCCGGAAAGUGAGUGAUUGGCCUCUUAUGCCUGUUGCGAAUGGCAGCGGGCAGCAGGCCUGUCACUUGUGUGUUGGCUUUGGACUGAGGAAAGUGGGGUACACUGCUGCCUGUGCGUCCGACGUGGAUACUUCUGACCGCCUCUGCAGCCGAACUAAAAGCCUGAAUAGCCGUGACAGCCGCUUGCGUUUUCUCGGUUUCUCCAGGAUCACAUGGUCCCCUAAACUCACUGCCUUUUCUUCCCCACUUGCCCCAAACCAAGGUAGAUCUGUACGUAGACAGAAUAGUGGGUAAGCAUCAUGUGUGACUUUUACACUUGCGUGACAUUUUCGCUUUAGUCAAUAACAUUAUCUGGCCUGAGAUCGUGGGUCUAUUCAGACUGGCCCCUCUGAUGGCUUCAAACAGCAUCUGAACACACGGACCUUCAAACGCUGGCUAAGGUGGAGUCCUCUGUACAAGAAAACUCUGAUCAUGUUCACACUUGCUGGUGCACCCUCAACCCUCUCUCAGAGAUCUCAAAGGUUGGAUCAUAAAACAUUCUUUAGUAGAAGAAUCUUCUACUAAGGAUAGUGGGCUUCCCACAACCUACUUAACUAUUUAAAAUAAAAAAUCUUUAAUAAUAACACAUCUAAAUUUGCUCUCCCUGGGCUGAGGGGAGGACCCUAAUGACUGCUAUCGGUGCUUCUAAUAAAAAUUUUCACUGAUCAAGAGGAGAAAAUUUGUACAAAUAUUUCACACAGAAAAUCUGCUGUAAACCCUGUGUCGUCAGCAGCACAAAUCUGAAGGGAUCUUGUCCGUUUAAGAUGGAAAAGGGAAGGAACACAACACAACCAGUGAGUUCGAGAAAGUAGAAAUGUUUCACAUUCAGCUUGCUUGUUUAGUCUCCUUUCAAUAUUUGGCAAUAAAAAGAAGAAACAGAAGAGCUGGAGUUUGAAAUCCAGUUGUCUUGAAGGAAUGUUCCAUACCUUUCCCUGAGCAUGAGUAGCUCUCUCUUUUCUGUGUGUUUGAGGCUAUGGACUCCUCCAGGAUGAGGACUAACCCCUCCUAUGCCAGCCCAUACCUACAUGCUUAAUUUGUACAGAAAAGGGUGUUUUAAUCUCUUUUCUGUACUGUUCCUUUCUGAUGCUUAUCCUCGCAUCUGCUUUUUCCCUAACAAGAUCCUCCCAGCCUUCUAACUGUAGUCUCCUGUUUCUUACUUGAAAGGCUAACGUUUCUCAUGAACCCACUUCCCCCUGCAUUUUCCUUCUGGCCUUCACUAUUUGUGGGGUAAGUAAAUAGGAUAGUGCACCUCCCCUGACACAUAUUAAAAAAAAAAAUUAAGUCUGUAUUUGAUUCCAACAAAGAUUUGUUUUUCCCUUUUUGUCCUCAACAUACUUAGAGAAAAGAAGGAAUGGUCUUUCUUCCAUGAACUGAUUAAGGCUUAAUUAGGCAAAGUAAGAAGAUCAGUUUCAUUGAAGCCCAAACGAAGGUGGAAUAGAAACUGCAAAGAGAAACAACAGCACUAGUGGUCUUCACAGGUGUAGGAGCUACUGGACCAGUAUAGAUCGUGUUUAAUCUCGUCCGAAGCUAGCUGUGGAGCAGCCAAUGCAGUAGCCGGCAUGCUGUUGCUAACCACGGGCUGAGCUUGCUCCUGUGUGUGCCCCAGGCAAAAGCUGGAAUCUGUGUCGUGCGCUUGCUCAACCACUGUUUGUGUGAGCGUUUUUGUGCCUUGUACCAGGAAGUACACUUUUAAAUUCUGCUUCUAGCAUCACUAAAACCUUUGAAAAAAAAAAUGAGCCUAACAACAAAAGGCAUCCAGCUGACUUUUUGAUUCCAAGAUGAUUGAUUACUGUUUUAGGCAUUACAUUUUUCACAGCAAAAUAAACCAUAUGUGGAGAGUCAGGGAAUAAAGAGUCAAAAGAAACAUUUAGAAGCAGUUUUUUCUUUUUUUCAAUGUGUUGCUUCUGAACUUUUCCUCCCACGCGCACUGGCCCUGUUUAGUUUGUUAUUGCUGCUUUUUUCUUUCUGUGUCUGCCUUUUUUCACAGUAGCCCUUGGCUGUGCACGGAAUAAAUGACACCCUCCAAUCUAAUUGGAUGUGCGUCCGCCUUUGCAUGUAAGUACAGUAGCAAGAAACCUUUGAGAGCUUUCUGACUUUUUAAAGUUAGAGAAAACAAAUGGGAUGGAUGGAUUUUUUUCUUGUUUUUUUAGAGGGGAAGUAGGGAGAUAAUGGUUUGAAUAGCCUUUUUUUAUUUUUUAAAUAAAAGCCAAACAACCAAAUACAUUUUAAAUGGCCAUAUUUCUAAUUUUUUUUCCCACAAGAAUCAGAUAAAUUCAACUUCUUGAUCUCAAUGUGGAAGUCUGCUAAAAAUUGCUAAUCCCCACCGAUGUUCUAAACAACACCCAUUGGGUAUUGUUGGAUAUUUCAGAGGGGCCUUGGCUCUGGCUAUAGAGAUCCAGUUAGAAUGAGAAACUACUGCCUUCCACUGGAGCAAUCUAAGAGGAAAAAAUGUUUAUGCCAGGCUGCCUUUAUGACCACUUAAUUUUAUCUCAGUUUAAUGGUCUCUCCCUGGUGUAACUGCUGGCAGUGGUCACCUUUUUGUGGGGGCAGGCAGGUAGCUCCAGCUGGCUUUCAUCUUUUGUUCAAAUAUAACGACCAUCUUUUUACUUCUGGGCUUUAGAUACCGGUAACAGUUUUAUGUGCUGUAGGAUGUGGUGAAAAGCAUUUAUGAGAAUUUAUUGGCAAUUCAGAGACUGUUUUCCCAGGUUAGACUCUUCAUCAAUCGGUGAAGGUUUUGUCCAAAAAGGGUAUCUCAAAAGGGGGAUUGAUGUAAUGCUGGACACAGGUUACUUACGAUUGUCCCUCUCUGCUUUGUAACUCACCAGCUGUGACACUUACGCUGCAUAUCUUGUGCACCUCAAUCGAAAUAGACUUGGUUUCCUUGCUUUCUUCCCACAUCCAUACCUGUUUCCUGUACACACUGAGUCAGGGUUUCCAGCUAUCACUGACCCACCUCGCACUGUCUCUGUGUGGUCCCACCAAACCGUCCACGCAGACCCCUCUGUUUUGCCAUUGGCAAGUGUCUGGAAUUGUCCAAUCACAGCUCCCACAUGUUCUGGUUCCAUUGACGGGACAUGUAGGUGGUGACUCUUUAGUGGGAAUUACAACCUGCAAAGUCUAGUUUGUGUGUAGGUAUGAAGGGAUUUUUUAAAAAUACAUUGAAAAAUCAAGCUGUGAAUAGCAUUAGAACUUUUGUCUAUUUCUUUAAAAUAUGCUGAUAUGCCUUAAACCGUAGUUGUAGAUCCUUUGUCAUUUUGCUAUUUGAAAAUAACUGUUUUCUAAGACUGUUGUGUAAUCUACUUUCUAUGUUAAUGCAGAAUUGUCCUAUGUAAGCAGCAUGUUAGACAUUUGUCUUUUUUUAAAAAAACUAAAUUGUAUUGAUGUGAAGUAUACCAUUUCUCACAUACGAAAGUCGUGACUUGGUGACGUGCUCGGUGAUUUGGUGUCUAUUAAGGCAGGAGAGCAGCGGACAGGCAAUCUACGCAUAUAUCACUAGUGCCAAGACUCAAAGCGGGGGAAAUACAUUUUUACCCAAACGUUGUUUUGUGUGCCCUUGUGUGAGUUUUUUUAGUCGCUGCUUGACGUGUGUGUACACAUGCUUGUUCUGUUGGAAUAAAGAAAUAGGGUGGCAGA